AUGAGUUUGGUGUUUUUGGCGCGCUCUCUAGUGACCACCACUUUUGGAUUUGAAGCCGAAGGCAAGGAAGCUGAAGUUGAUGCGAAACAUCUGAGCUUGAUGGUAACCGCUCUGCUCCGAGAUUCCCAGCCGUCUCUGAGACAAAGCCUGAACGUGGCUUUUGCGCCAUCAAAAGCUAUUGGCAAGGUUUUGGCAGUUGAGCUACCGGAUAACGGGAAUCCAAGAUGCACAGUUUUGUACCCUGCUUCAGCAAAAGCUAGCAAUGAGAUUGAGGAAGGCCUUACGAAGCGUGGAUUUGAGGUUACUAGACUGAACACAUAUACCACGGAACUUGUCAGCCAUGUGGAUGAAAUUGUUUUAGAACAAGCACUUUUAGCUCCUGUUAUCGCUGUAGCAUCUCCUUCUGCGAUUCGUGCAUGGGUGACCUUAAUACCAGAACCACAACGGUGGGAUAAUGCUGUUGCAUGUAUAGGGGAGACAACUGCGUUAGCAGCUAAAAAACUGGGAUUAAGGAAUGUGUAUUUUCCAGAAAAUCCGGGCAUUGAAGGGUGGGUUAAUAGCAUAUUGGAAGCCUUACAAGUCCAAAACCAAUUACAGAAGAUGAUGGGAGUAUAUGGUUUUAAGGGUGGCCGGUCUGGAAAUCCAUGCUGGAGAAAACGUCGGGGAGGGAGACAACAGCGGCGAGACGGCAACGGCGCCCACGAAACAACCAAAGCAUGGACAAAUUGUGCCAUAAUUUUCAUCCCGCCACAACAAUCUCGCCUCGUCUCCGCCAUCAACCUCCGCCGUCUGCCAUCUUCUUCCAAUCGCAGCAACCGGCCCGUCGCCGCCAUCAGCCACGACGUCAUUGCCGUCGCCGCCGACAGCAUUCCCCACAUCGCCACCUGCAACCACCGCAACUGGCCCACUUCAUCUCCGCUAGAAAAGUGCAGAGAAGUUGCAGGUCGGGGCACCGACAGCGUGAACCACCACCUUCCUGCCGCGCCGGCCUCCGUCCGCCGCCAGUCGGCUCGUCGCCGCCACAGAACGCCAUUCCAGUCGCUGGCAGAAAAGAGAACAAAAAUUAGAGCAUUCUAG